AUGGGUGCCGAAAAUAGGACCGAAAACCUCGCGUCGCCUCGCGCGUUAUCUGCCACUAGACAAGAUGAACAGCACAACGUCUCAUCGACCAAUAUCCCACUGCGCCAGACAGUAACGUACUCCGAGCCUACAUUCGAUGAUCGAAAAGCGUGGAUCACAGUUGCGGCGUCCUCGCUGACAAUGUUUGUAUACCUUGGAGUUAUUUACUCCUGGGGUAUCAUGCAAGUCAAGUUGGUUGAGACAACAUCAUCGAGCCUGACGACGUUGACAUUUGUUGGCUCGCUCGCUACUUCGUUCAUGAUUUGCUUCAGCAUUAUCGCAGAUAAGAUCGUCUGCAAGAUCGGAUACCAGUUGACCGCUUUGGUGGGAGGUUUUUUCAUGGGCCUUGGAGAAGUCCUUGCAAGUUUCUUGACGCACCAUGUUAUUGCCCUCUACUUCUUGCAUGGUCUGGUCUUUGGACUUGGAGGUGGUCUUUCUGUUUUUUCCGUCUCGACUGCUCCAAUGGGCUUGUUCAAGAAACACAAGGCUCUGGCAAUGGGUUUCGUCUUCGGUGGCGGAAGUCUUGGGUCCGCCGUUAUGAGUGUUGUUACCAACUACCUCGUCAAGGACUUGGGUGUUGCCUGGACCUUCCGUAUACUAGGCUUCAUUCUUUGGGGUGUUUCUAUGCCAGCUUCCUAUUUUCUCCCCAGUAGAAAACGAACUGGGGCUAAGGGCUCACGCCAACUUCAGUGGUACCGCUUCAAGCAACCUCGUUUUCUCAUGCUCGUAGCUGGAACAGUUCUCUCAUGUUUCCCGUUGUUCAUCCCACCUUACUUCAUUCCCAUAUUCUCGAGGUCAAUGGGAUAUCCAAAGGAGAUAGGCGUUGUCAUUUUGGCGGCGUGGAACUUGGCCUCGACUCUGGGACGCGUCGUCGCUGGUUGGGUGGCAGACUCAGUUUUGGGCCCCGUAGAGAGCCUUGCAAUCUCCAUGUUAUUCAUGGCGCUUAGUUCACUUGUUGUUUGGCCUCUGUCGUCUUCCAUUGGAAUCUUCUCAGUGUGCCUUGUUUUUAACGGAAUCGGUUGUGGUGCCUUCUUCAGCCUCACGCCGAUCGCCGUCAGCUCCACGUUUGGAGGAGAGAACACUUUGAGUAUAAUCCCCGUGGUAUGGACAACUUGGUUCUGCGGCUUCUUUUUCGGAACGCCUAUUGCAUCUGGGCUUUAUUCCUUGUCGGGUGGCGGGGACGGACUUGAGUCGUUCCGCCCUGCCGCAUAUUAUGCGGGUGCCAUGGCGCUGGCUGGGUUUGCCUGCAUCCUAGGCAUUCGACUGACCCGUGCAAAACAAGACCCGGAGGAGAAAGUAUGA